CCUGCCCUCCAAUCGUCCUCGGUUGCCUUUUAUCCGAUAGUCCUUUCCGCCGCCACAUAACGAACUUGAAUUGACAUUUUCUCGUGUUAGUGCCCUCGAUAUUCGAUUUUCCGUCGGCAUGGAACGUUUACUAGUCACAGUCAAUGUACCGAAGCGAUCAUUGUCGUCCAGCCCCGACGAUGAACGCGGCGACAUGGAUAAACCUACGUCUCGAUCCUCGAGCCCGACUCUACGUCAGUUCGCGACACCUACGGGGACCUUUCGAUGGGCGGGCCUCGGACAUGCCAAAGAUGCAUGGCGACAAGUCUUUCGAGAAUAUCGGGACACCGACAGCUCUUCAGGCUCCUCGUACACCCGCGAGUCGUCACCAGCUACAACGAUCCAAUCGGGGGCCAGUCCCAAGCUACCGAUCUCUUCUUUGAGCCACGCAGAGGCGCCCGCCGUGGCGACUCUACUUGAACCUCUUGAAUGGACAAGUCUUGCCGACAAUCCUUCCUCUCUCAUGGCUCCUCGUUCGGAGAGUCCCCGGCUUUCAAGCAGUCCGGAGCAUAGCCAUAAGGAAUUCGACGACCAGAACCAAGACUUGCAUACCCGACAAUCACUGGAUACAAUUAUUCCUCCUCGUACUAUUCGAAGUAACUCUGAUCUUUCUCGUCCGGCCAAUACCACACGGGAGUCCUCCAGUAGAAGUCGAAUUCCCAAUUAUGACAAGAAGGCUUGGGAGAAAUACGUCGAGAAGAAGACGGACAAGGAAUAUAUGUGCCAAUGGUCACAGCAGUUCCCGGAUCGAUCACUUACUUGCACUUAUAAAGCCAAGAGGCCCUUGAUGAAAAGACACGUUGAAACGGUUCAUCUCAAAUACAAAACUCAUUGCUGCAAAUAUUGCGACAGGCUCUUUCCUCAGAAAGCUAACGUUGAAGUGCAUGAAUCGUCUCGCCACACCAAGGCCAAGAACAACAUCUGCCAGUAUGAGAACUGUGGGCUUCGGUUCAACGACCCUGCCAGACUUCAUCGACACAAGGUUGACGCCCACGGUUAUGUUCCGAAGGAGACGAAGAGGCGAAAGAAGAAUGGGGAUGCUAAGGACUCGAGGCCUGCGGACUAUGAGUCGGUCCAGCCUUGGUCUGCUGAGAAAAAAUUGCCAGUCGGUGGAUGAAUUGCAGAGGAAACGAACUAGCCGAAAUAGACAUUGUGCGCACUAUGUAAAUAAUUGAUAAAGAAUCGAAAAAUGUUGAAU